GGCGUGUUGGCGCGCUCGGUCGUGCUUGCCGCGUCUCCAUGUCUGGCUUGCAAUUUACGAAUUCAACUUGAACCCAACUCAGCGCCAGAAACACGCGGCCUGCGCUGGAUAUGGGGCCUUGGGGGGGCAGAUUCCCUUGGUCCCACCUGCCGUGUCAUCAGCGUGGAUGGAUGGUUCCCUUGUUGCGGUUGUGCCUUCCGCCGUCACUCGUCAUCGCCCAUGCUAAAGUACCUACGUCUAGGUGCCUGUAGCCUGCCCCGGCUUUCAUUGCUCGCUGCCAAGCAAGUUAGGUUGCCUGCCAGGAAGCAAGCCAGGAGGGUCCCCCAGUGGAAUUUUCCAUUGCGCGCCCAAUCAAUUGCCAUGGUUUUGCCGUGCCAUUGAUCGUCUCCAUGCAGGCCCGUUGUAAAUCUUGAAGUCCGCCGGUGUUUACUGCGAGAACGAAACAACAGAAAACUUCAAGUUAACCGAACCGCCGACAUCGAUCAGACAACCUACAGUACCUUGACCACCGUUCCGGCACAAACCAAGAAGAAACAACAAUGGCCGCCAUCGGAUCCCUCAUUUUCUGCACAGACUGCGGCAACCUCUUGCCCGUCUCCAAGGGCAGCGAAAAGAACAUUCUUCACUGUGAAUGCUGCGGUGCCGAAAACAGAGAUCGUCCCUCCAGAACCGUCGUGACCAAGUCCAAGCCGUCCGAUUUCCCCUCGCUUUUGCGCCAGAAGCUGGAUAUCGUCCAGACCGUCGUAAGGCACGAGCUCAACACGGAGAGAAUCGACUCCAACACAGAAUGCCCCAAGUGCGGCAAGCGCGGUAUCCGUUACUCGGAAGUUCAGCAGAGAAGUGCCGACGAAGGCUCAACAAUUCUGUACAACUGCGACUGCGGAGAGAGAUGGUCGGUUAACAACUGAGUGCAAAGAAGAUUGCUGCAAUUGGAUUUACAAAAUUGGGAAUGCUGUUUGGGUCGCAUUGGUUUGGUUUGGAUCCAACGACAUAUGGGACAGCUUACUAGCACCAGCAUUGGCAAGCCGAGCUUUAGUAACGACGGCUUUCUUUGCCUUGUUACAACUACUACAACUACAACAACGAUACCCCUUCUUUUUGUCAGGACCGACGAUCAGUCGCAUUGGUAUAAUCCUGAGAGAGAGAGAAAGACGCAUAAACUUUUUGAAAUACCCUUCCAUCCAUCCAUCCAUGAUUCGCCCCAGAAAAGAAAAAGAAACAAGCAAUCAACGAACGCAAUCAACGAACCAACAAGAGAAACUCAAAGUCCCAUCUUUUACGACGCCUUGCUAGCAACCUCGGGUAUCAACGCGUACUCAGCCUGGCCGCUCUGCUCAAACUCGGCCAUAUCCAGCGCAACAAUCACACUCUCGCGAACGACCUUCUCCUUGUCAUGGAGGAACUUGAGCAGCGUCUCCUCGACCCCUUCCUCAUCACCCAGACUGCCC